AUGAAAGAUAGGGUGUUGAAAGCUGAAGAGAAACGAGAUUUUAUCAGCAAGCUUCCUGAUGAAAUCUUGAGCAUCAUAAUUUCUUACCUUCAUGUUGAUGAAGCUGUUAGAUGCAAUGUUCUCUCUAAGAGAUGGGAAGGUAUGUGGAAACUAGCUCCACACAUGGAAUUCGAUGCAAAGCACAUGAUCAAGCCAUUAUCCCAGCUUCUUCAUAAGAGGAAAUCUCACAAAUUACCUUGUUUCCAUCCUGAUCCAUCCAAGAACAAACAAGUCUCAAGGUAUGGUCUUAAGAUACUCCAGCUGAUGUCUCAUCACUCUGGUGACAUAUCAAGUUGUCGUUUCGUGCACUUCAGAAAGAGUAUUUUGUUUGGGGGAGUGGAGGCUUGGGUUGAGUUUCUGGUUGAAAACAAGGUAGGGUUUACAAAUCUGAUCCUUCAGUGUGAACCUGAUCACUAUGGAGAAAUUGCUGAAAAAUGUUUCUCCAGAGAUGAAAUUUGUAAGCCUGAUUUCUCACCCGGGUUGUUUAGUGGUUUGUGCUCACUUGAAUUGGUUAAUUACACAAUUGACUCUUGGGCUGCAUUUGAGGGCUGCAUCAACCUCAAGAAUCUUAAAUUGGAGAGGAUUUACUUGGAUGACAUAAGCCUAAGUGGGAUUUUAGAAGCAUGUAAAGGCUUGGAGAAUUUUAGUUUGGUUGAGUCCACUGGGUUUCAGACACUCAUCAUUGUGAAAUCAAGCAUUAGAGUUUUACAACUCCAAGCUUUACUUUUGGAUGAGGUAGAAAUUAAUUGCCCCAAUCUUGAAGUGCUGCAGCUUGAUUCUGUAAAAUGUCCACUGCAGCAUUUAAUUAUUAAUGCUCCAAGCCUGAGGACUUUUCAUUCUUACUGCUACUCCAUUUUUGCAAGACUUCUUCCCAUUAAUGAAGGUAGAUAUGUUCUGAAAACCCAUGAGAUUUUUGCACACUGCAACAGUUCUCUUUCGGAAUCUCCAAAUGGUAAUUUCCUUCAAAAUCUGUCAAACAUGUCAAUGGAUUUGAAUUUGAACCGCAUAAGUGAAGUCAUGGAUCUAUCUUUGGUCUUGAGAUUAUGUACCAAUUUACAAACACUGGAAGUUGCUCUGCCGGAUUUGACUCAUAAAAACUCUGAUAAUGUUAGCUCUGAUGAUUGUGCAACACCAUACCCUAUAUCGAUGCUUUUGGAGUCGUGCCAUUGUAUUCAUAAGAUGCUGAAGUCUGUGUACAUAAGAGGGUUUAGAGGGAAAGAACAUGAAAUGGAAUUUGUGAAGUAUAUAAUAACAAGAGCAACCAUGAUGAAAAAGAUUACAAUAGAAUCAAAGAACUCAAAGAGAGAGGCUGAAAGUUUGCUAUCACUUCCCAAAGCUUCCCGCAAUCUCUGCAUCAAUUUGAAGAUCAAUGUCAAUCCUAUGAAAUAG